AACUGCUGGUUAAUACCGGCGUUCCUGUGGCUGAAAGCUGGUCCCAGGCUCGGGGACCUCCCCCAUGUUUUCUGUACAGUCAGCGUAUCGCUUCGGUUACGUGAACAGCGAGGGGAUGCUGACCGGGACCGCUGUGCCCUAGAAACCGUGCUGGGAAUCUGACGAAAACAGGCUUUGGUACCAGAUUCCCAGCUCGGCCAACGAGACCCUAGGAACUUCCUUCCUCCUGGUUAGCCGGAGGCACCUGGAGGAAAACGGUUCCUUACGCGUGACCCGACGGGUCUGAAGCUUUGGGUGCAGAUCUGGCCCGGCUCGUCUCUCACCCGGCCAGAUCGUAAGCUCCAGUCCCUGCCACUUAGGAAAGGAGCACCCUAGCCAUUAGCCGCCAUCCUCGCCAGCCACAGGCUGGGCUGAUCAGGCUUGUCAGUUACAGUCUUCUCCUCCCACAGGUGUCUGGCACCCAGGGUUUGUUUUCACACACACACACACCCCGCCUGCUGCAGAGGGGUGGGCCUGGCACAGAUCCAGGCUGUUUUCUUCUGAAUCCCUCCGCCACGGGCAGGGAGUUUUCUGACUCCGCUCCUGGUGAGGUCAAUUACAAAGGACUGGACUGCAGGGGCUUAUCACUGGGCCACCAGUUUGGCCCUCCGCUAUAGGGUGACCAGCCCCUUUAAGAGGUAAUGGGUCCAGCCCCACCUGCCCCUCACUCAGCGCUCCUCCCCAGGUGGGGCACAUCAUCACAGCGAGGGCCUGUGGCUAAAUCACGCUCAGGCCGAGUGAUGUAAAAGAAGCCUGCAGCAAGCCAGAGGGAGAGAGGGUGAGCAGACAGGGGGCUGCCUGGAGGGGAAGGAGAGAAUUCAAAGGGGGACCAGCUCAGAGACGCUGAUAAAGGGCUGCAGCCUGCCUCUGAGAACGAGGACCACACCCAGAGAGGCACAUAGGCCCAGAGGGAGGGCUGCGGGACCCAGACCCGAGAAGGGAGACCAUGCCGAGAGAGGCAUACAGGCCGGAAGGGAGGGUUGUGGGACCCCUGACCACAUCCAGAGAGGCACACAGUCCCAGAGGGAGGGCUGCGGGACCCCUGAAUUCAGGGGGAGUUCAAGGGGCUAAAGACGAAUUGAUCUAUUUAGCGACUGAGGAAUUCACAGGGGGAAUCUCAGGUUAAAGCCGUCUGGCCUGGGAGUGGCUUCUUACAAGAACCAGACCAGGGGGAGCAGAGGGCAGCAGCUGUGCACAAGGGGCGUCCGGAGGGAGUGUUGCCUGUCACAACUUCCAAGUGCCUUCAAGGCAGUGGGAACUGGGGGACUCAGCACCUUAUCCUCAGGACGUACCGUAUGUCCGUAGGAACAGGAGCCCUCUGCACUGAGAGCAUUCUGCCUGGGCCCUGCUGGGCAGCUGGGAGACUCCAGCACCUCUCUGAGCCUUAGGUGGAGACAUCUCCAAAGGUCUUCCAGCGUCCUGCCUCCGACAGUCACCAGCAGCAGCUGCUUCAGAGGGAUACGCAAGAAACCCUGCAACUACGGGGCAACCUGCCACCAUCAUGCAAACGGUAGCCCCUCAAUUCUGCUCGGCAUUCAAUAUAAUAAGAGCAGAGGAAUUAAGAGGUGCAGACAUAGCGGGAUCGAAUCUGCUCUCACUUGCCCAGUUCUAUGCCGGUGCAGUGGAUUUACCCAGGGUAAGGAGGAUCCGAAUCGGGUUCUGUGCGCAGCUGCUCGCCAGCCUGGUUGACCCAGCGAUGUCGCUCAGAGGGUGAAAAACCCACACCCGAGCGCUGGAGUUAAGCCGACCUAACCCCUGGUGUAGACAGGGCUAGGUUGAUGGAAGAAUUCUUCCAUUGACCUAGCUACUGCCCCUCGGGAAGAGGGAGUACCUACACCAAGGGCAGGUAGUGUUUACACUGAAGUGCCUCAGUUAUACCAGAUUAAAUCUGGAGUAACUGCACUGAGGGGAGAGAAGUUACUUCACAUAUGUGCCCGUGUCACAGAGAUCAGAAUCUGGCCAUAUGUGUUUGCAGCUGAGGCUUGAUCUGGGCUGCAGCACUGAUGAGCUGGGGGGUGUGGGCUCUUGCACCAUGGUCGGGGGAGAUUGUUUGGAAGGGCAGAGAGGAGGCUGGUGCUAAUAACUGGUAAGAAGGGAGAGAGACAUGCUGGGGCAAGCCAUCUUGAGUACUCCCUGGGUUUGCCUGUGCAUGUGGCCAUGACACUGGCCUGGUGUUAAAGGGCGAGCCAGGCUCCGAUCUCUGUAUGCUGUGUUAGAUCGGUGCCCCCAGGCAGCUGGCCCAGGGAGGGCGAUACAGGACAGAUCUCUCCAGCGAUGCCCAGCUCAGCACCCGUCCCUGGUGCUGCCAAGCCCAGUGCGCACUCAUGCACAGCAAACGCUCCCCAGGAAACUGGCCCGACCUGUUUGCUGUCAGCUCUCGGAGGAGAAGAGAAGAAUGCAGGUGUCCAGGAGAGAGGAGGGUACAGGCGGGACCCACAGGGGCCGGGACACAGAGACCAUUCAGCCAGUGAUCCUCUCGGCAUUACCGCGCCGCCAAGAGCCCCGCUCCACCACCUGCCGCCAGGAUGUCCCUCCUGCUGGCACUACUCCUGCUGGCCACCACCACCUGCACCGCGAGAGGCCAAGUCCUCACCAUUGACUAUGAGCCUGCAAUCACUCUCCUGGCGCUGGAAGGGAACAUCACUUCUUCCACCUUCGUCCUGGAGCAGCCCCGCUGUGUCUUCAACCAGACUGUUAGCGACACUGAUGAGAUCUGGUUGGUGGUUUCCCUCAGUCGCGCGAUAUCCAGUUUCACCAGACCCACCUCCCUGCAAAGCCUCCCUGCCUUCCAGCAGUUCCCAGAGAAUCCCAAUUACAUGACCAUGGGCACCUCCUCCUUAAACUACCCAUGUGAAAAGAGCUCGGGCCAGAUCACGGUGCUGCGUGUCGGGAACGAAACCGGGUGUGUUUUGGACACAUCAAGACCAGAUUGCAAUGGCCCCCUGCCUGGCCCAGGGCCCUACAGAGUGAAGUUCCUUGCAAUGAGUCCUGCAACUGGCCCCAAGGCCGAGACAAAAUGGUCAGCCCCGAUCACGCUGAAAACAGGGAAGGACCCUGCCCCCAUUGACACCUGGCCCAGAAGGCACAGCGCUGGUAUGAUUGUCAUCACCACCAUCCUCUCCAUCCUCCUGGCCAUCCUGCUGGCCUGCUUUAUCACCGCGCUGGUCUAUGGAUGCAGUUUGGACCUUUCCGAGCGCGCGGAGAUAAUGGGCAAGCAGGACUCGGUGACAGUGAAGCGAUACAACACCCACCAUAUCUACGACCAGCCUGCUUCCAAGAACUGAGGCCCUCCAGCGAGACAGCCACCCCCUGCCGCAACCCUGUUCCAUCAGCCGGGAGCUCCUCGGCUUCCUCCCCGGCAAAGCCUGUGUGCGCUGUGAACAGCGCCGGGAGAGGACGGGACCCAGGGCAGUGAGCUCCAAAUACUCCAGUCCCAAGCUGCAGAUUCGGAACCAGGUCCUCCUCCUAGUUCUGAGCCUCCGAUCACCCCUGACCUCCCCGGGGUUGGGGGGGAUUUGACGUUGGCGUCCGUCGCUUGGGCGCUCCUGAGGGGGUUGGUUUGUCCCUGCGACGUGGUGAUGUUUCCAGGGUCCGGGCUAUCCCCUCUGCUCCGAGUGGGUCAGGGUGAUGGUGAUUCCUCCUGGACUGCAGUACUGCAGAGCCAGGCCCGGUGGGACCCUUCCUGGCUGGAGGAUGCUGGGUCUGAGGAUUCCCGCCCCCCCCCCCCCGACACACACGCACACACACACACACACACACACACCUCACUCUAACGUACCCAGCCUGACGGCUCCAUGCACAGACAGGAGCAGUCACCAUCCCUCCAACCUUGACCCACUGGACAUGGACCCCCUUCAGAUCCCUAAACCCCACCCCUUCCCGAGCUGGAGAGGUCACUGCUGAGUGUCCGGCCGCUCUCCCAAGACUUAGCCCUGUGUCGAGAACCCAGUAGCCUGGGACCAGGAUUAUUUCUAAGCGUGGGUCUCUGGCUGCAGAGGGCUCAUCCUCGGGAUAGAGCGCCACUCCUAAUCCCCAGCCGGCCACAUUCCCUGGCUGCCCCGAUGUCUGCUGGGGGCCACGUCCGUGCCACUAAUUUUGGUGCACCAUUUCCCAUCAGAGACCGCUAGCCCGCCUGGCCUGGGUAUGGUCCUGUGUGAUCAGACAGAAACUCAACCCAGACAAUAAGGAUCCCCUUGCAGAGCUGUAGGCAGAUCCCACUCCAGCCAGGCAUGGAAAUCCAGACCGGGAGAUAACACAGGCUCCCACAGGUGAGGUGCAUUAACUCCCCCAAUUAAGUUGUUAGCAAUAAAGUGGGGAGGCUUCCCCUGGUUGCUGAGCCUCUGGGAAUAACGGAGAAGCUGGACUGGAUUCCCAUGUGCUGUGGGAAUGGAUUCUGCCUGCAGUUUGUAGGAUCCUCAGCAAGCUACCUUAACCCCCACUUUAAAAGGAUUUGGGGAUGGGGGUGGUUCAAAGGAACCUCAGGAAGUUAGCUGCCCUGCACCUACCUUGGAAUUUCACUGCGUCUCGGGCCCCUCACUCCUCUCUGUGCUUUCGGAAAUCCCAGCCAGUGUUCCCAGGGAGGCAGAGGCCAGGCCCGUGCAGCAGGGACAUUCACCAUUUUCUUUUUCAAAUGAAC